AACGAUCAUAUUUUACAUCAAAAACUCAUAAUUUCAUAACAAUUAUAACGUAUGAGCGAUAGAGGAGUGCCUAAGUUUUGUGCCGUUUGCGGUCACAAAGCCCUGGGCAAAAAUUUCGGAGCCCUAUCAUGUGAGCCCUGCAAAGCCUUCUUCAGACGUAACGGAUUGAAAGACAAUCUCAAAUGUCACUUCAACUCCAACUGUAAGAUCAAUGAAAUUACGCGAAAGUUUUGCUCGAAGUGUCGGUUAGAGAAAUGUCUGGCAAUUGGGAUGAGACGGGAUUUCAUCGUAAAUGAAGUGGAAAAGGAUUGGCGACGAGUGAAGCACUUUAGGGCUAAUCCCAAGAAUAAUGACAUAACAGAUAAUUUAUCAUCGGAUCAGUCGUGCGAACCGCCGGACCCGUCGCCGGACAUCAAUGAUUGUCUGUACGAUUUGCUCGACGACAACCACUUCAGUGUCGAUGAGCUUAACAAACAGAUUUUGGACAUCGAGUGCGGUGUCAGCACCGGUGAUGUCGUCCACAACAACACCACAACAUCGCAGAUGGAAAUCAUUGCCAAAACCAAUGAUAACACAGAAAUUAGUGAUGAAGUGAUGCAAAUGGCCGUCGAGUUUGAAUUGGCAGUCAUACCGAUCGCCCGACCGGUCGGCGAGUAUCACUGCCCGUUCAACGACACCGAGACCUACCUGAUGAAUGAACUAAUCAACUCGGUCAAACUGAUCGGCCAGCCAAGGAGCAAGGUUACUAUGGAGAUUAAAAAUUUUGAUGAUUAUAAUCGCACCGUUAGCUACAAAUUUGACCGCGGGGUCCGUAAUAUGGCCAGAGCUGCCAAAGAGUUGUGUGGGUUUAGGGCUCUAUACCUCGACGAUCAGAUCACUCUACUUAAGUAUGGCUGCAUUGAAGCCAUAUUGAUGCGAACAAUUAAACAUGUUGAUUAUGGCAGAAAGUUGGUGAUAUUGCCCUGGGAUGGUGAGAAUUCUCUGGUAUUUAAACUCGCUCAUUUGAAAUUAUUUCGGCCAUACGAUAGUUACGAUACAUAUAUGAGAUACCUGCAUAAAAUGACAGACCUCUGGGAUUCUGACCCUGUUAUUCUUGAUUUGAUGCUGGCACUAAUAUUGUUUAACCCUGAUCGUCCAAACCUUAUCAACAGAGACGGUGUUAAACGGCAACAACACGUAUACAUGUAUUUACUUCAACGCUAUUUAAUACUGAAAUAUCAAACAGAAUGUGAGGCAAAGACCCGAUUCUUGAGACUCAUGAAUGUCUUAUCGGACAUAAACCUCAUGAGAGAGAUCCAGAGGAGACACGCCAUGCAAUCAUCACUCGUCACACCUCUUCUCCAGGAGGUGUUUGACAUAUCGCCUGCUCCUAUGGAACCGAUGGGUGAUUCUCAACAAACCAUAUCUCCGAUACCAUCAUAA